AUGCGUAUUUGUGAACUUAAUAAAGAUUGGAUUUUUGCUGGGAUGAGGGUUUUCAUUCAUACAGAGUGUGUUUUAUCAUACAAAUUGACCUCAUAUUGGAGAUUAUCUCUUGAUCUCAGUUGUGGUCGAAACCACGACCAUUAUACACUUACAAAUAUAUUAAAAGAAAACUUUUCAGUGCAAAUAAAUGCACUGGAAGGAAAGCGACCAGAUGAACCAGAUUUUAAAGGUCUAGGUGACUUUUCACCAAUGAAAGCUACCAAUUCUAAUGGACCAAGAAAGAUUUGCUUUCUAACAGUGAACAAUUUUUGGAUUAGUUUGAUUGAAACCAAUUAUGCUGAAUUUGAAUGGUCGGAUUGUGAAGCAUUAGGGUAUUCUAACUGGGAUGUGUCUGAACCUAAUGGUAAUGGUAUGUGUGUCGGGUUCAAUAUCACCAACUUUAAAUGGCAAACUUUUUCUUGUGAUGAAGAAUUUCAAGUAAUUUGUGAGGAGAAGACAGUUGUCGACAAAUGUUGGUUUGAAGAAUUUGUGGAAGUAAGAUUUUCUGAAACUGAUAGAUUAAUAGGAUAUGGUGGCCAUUCCUUAAAGACCUGUCAAAACAGUUGCUUGGGGUUUGGCAGUGACACAACUGAGUGUAUCAUGAUAAGCUUUGAAAAUACCACUGGUGUUUGUCGACUUUUAGAUCAACCUGUUGUCAGAUUAGAAGGAACACCACCAUCAUUUCCCUCGCCAACAUUUAUUACCUACGUUAAGAGAUGUUACGAUUAUUAUGUUUCCGGAGACGAGAUAGUACCAGUGAAUAAAUUGAACUAUCCGGAAACUAAUUGUACAGAAGUUAUCAAUAUAACGACAUCAUUAUUUCCUGAUUCUACUGAAUAUAUUGCAACCUCUAUAAUAGAUUAUAGUAGCGUGAUUACAACAAUAUUUGAUAUAGCUAAUCAGACACCGAUGGUAACCGAAAUUAUACCAUCCAACAUAUUAUGUCCAUGUAAAUGUUUUGCAACAGUAGAAUUAGCUAACGGAACUAAAGAAGCGGAAAUAAUUGCUGAAAUUAAGAAAGAACUUAUUGUUAAUACAACUACAUUGUCAUCAUUUAAGAGAAAAUUAUAUUCAGCAGAAGACAGCAGGAGUUCUGUCGAGGUUGUUGGAAGUAUUGCCAUAGGAUUUUUGGGAUCAUUAUUACUAAUUGUUGCAAUGUUAGACUUUCACCAUUUUAUUCGUGGUGUUCAAAAUAUAUUUGUUAAAUACAAAAACAGAGACAUUUGUAUUGUGUAUCAACCAAAACGAGUAGAAAACAACAUAUCUUAA